AUGACAGAAUUUCUUAUUUCAAAUGGUGCAGAUAUCAAUGCUAAAGGCAAUGAUGGAAAUGCUGCUCUUCAUCAUACAUUAUACAAUAAUAUAAAAGAAAUGGCAGAAUUUCUUAUUUCAAAUGGUGCAAAUGUCAAUGCUAAAAAUGAAAAUGCAUGGACCCCUCUUCAUUAUGCAGCCAGAUGUGAUAAAAAAGAAAUGACAGAAUUUCUUAUUUCACUCCUUGUCGUAGUUUUGUGGCUAAAAAUAAAUAAUGUAUAUUAUCAUUUCUAUUAUUUAUUUAACAAUAUUUAUAUAUAUAUCUAA